AUGUAUAUAGCAAAACAUGCGGCACUGUGUCACGUCCCCAAGUGCCCGGUGGGAGCUGCUGCGGCAGCCCCACCUCCAGAGUCAACAGACUCAGAGACUGACGGAGUACCAAGUAACAGGCCUAUACCCGAAUCGGUAGGCGUGGCCUGCCCCGAUUGCGGCGAAAGGUACUCCGGCCGCGGUGCACUAACACAGCACCAGCGGCACCGGCAUCCACUCACCCGAAACGAAGCUAGGGCAGCGGGUACACGGCGGUCUCCUCGACAAAGAAGAUUGGUUAUCUUUACUGAAGAGGAGGAACAAAUAAUGAUGGAGUGCGAACUCCGGUACCGGGGUGAGUUGCGUAUAGCAAUGCGCAUGCGGGAGUUGAUACCAGAGAAAACUUUGAAACAACUCCGGGACAAAAGGGCCCAAAAAUGCUACAAAGAACGGCGUGAAAGGUACCUCGCAGAAAGAGGGAUCACAGCGUGCGCUAGUACUGAUGAUGACAGUACAGAACCAGUAUCCACAGACACAGGGGAUGGUAGAGCUACCGUCCCCCAAGAAGAAGCGCCCGAAACCAACAGCUGCGAGGAAGCGGGAAUAGGGGGUGGCUCCCCUAUCCCAGUCCCGGAGCUACUCGACGUAUCAGCAGUAGCUGCCAUUGCAGGGGAGAGGGUACUGAAUGUCAGUGAAGAUGAGUUGGUAUCGCCAGCAGCUUCUCCAGAAGAGAUACUUUGGAGACAGGAUGUUGCUCAGACUGCCCGUAGCUGCAAGUUGACUCGAGCGGCACAGCAACAUCUGGAGGUGAACACGGUCACCCAGCUGCUUAGAAAUGCAAUCUCCGAGGCUUGCGAUUUGCCUAUGGGGCAGCCCCAAUCGCAAAUAGAUACUUUACAUGAUAGAGUCACCGCUCUCUUCGUCAGCGAGGAGCGGGGAGUUGCAGGGCGACGAAAGGGAAGGCGUAGAGGACAAAAUAAGAGGGGUAACAGACGGUACCUCUACGCCCGUACCCAGGAUAUUUACAAAAAAGAGCCAGGCAUUCUUGCCAAGCACGUCCGUAACAACGUGGACUGGCUGGAGGAACCAGGGGUAAAAGCUCCAGCCCAAGACGUGCGGGACCUGUACAAAAAGCUUUGGGGCACAAAUCCGUCGGAAGUACAGGUGCCCUUCCUGGGAGAGCCCUCCGAACCGGCACUUGGGUUAGGUACUGUGCUAACCGCCGUGACGGCGAAAGAGGUGAAUACGCGUCUCUCUCGGAUGAAAAUGUCCACAGCACCGGGUCCCGAUGGUAUUAAAAAGGGAGACAUUAAACGCGUUCCUGGUGCAAACGAAGUCCUCCAGUUAUUUUUCAAUUUAAUCAUGAUAAGCGGUAAGAUUCCUACCGCCUGGAGGAAGAACCGAACUACUUUGAUCCCUAAAGAGGGUAAGGACGGUAUGUUAGCUGAAAACUACCGUCCAAUUACAAUCUCUUCUUUAAUGUCGAGAAUUUACUUUGGCAUUAUUGACAGCAAACUUAGGGCAAAAGCACGGUUCUCACCCAGACAAAAGGGCUUCAUGAACGAAUCUGGGUGCUUCAACAACAUCCACAUCCUCAACGAGCUGCUGAGGCACUCAAAAGCCAAGAAUGGCCUGGUCGUAACGCAGCUGGACGUGUCCAAAGCAUUUGAUACCGUGCCGCACCAAGCUAUAGGACACGCGUUACGUCGAAAAGGUUUUCCCGAACAGGUGGUACGUAUCGUGGAAAAUGCAUAUGAGGAUGUUACCACUAUUAUAGAACUGAAUCAGGCGCCAAUCGAGAUACGCCUCCAGCGGGGGGUCAAGCAAGGUGACCCCCUCAGCCCAUUACUAUUUAAUCUAGUUUUGGAGCCCUUGCUAGUUAAGCUGGAAACGAGACCUGGGUACAGAAUCGACACAGAGACGCAGAUAUCGUCCUUAGCAUUUGCCGACGAUCUGCUCCUAGUCGCGCAAACAGUACCACAUGCUAAGGACCAGUUAAGUAGCACGGAAGCAUACCUAUCGAGUCUAGGUAUGAAGAUUGCUGCCAAUAAAUGCCGCACCUUCCGUGUAAACCGUACCAAAGACUCCUGGUACUUAACUGACCCAGGCCUCGAACUCGACAGUGGAGAAGUGAUACCGGUAGCGGGGGCCGGCGAUCACCUUGUCUACCUUGGAUGCAAGUUGUCUCCCUGGGUUGGGGUCACAACCGAGGGCAUACGAGCCGACCUUGCUUCAACUCUUAGUCGUGUGCAACGACUGAAGUUGAAACCGCAUCAAAAGGUAGACUUAAUCUCUACUUACAUUGUUCCUCAUUACCUGUAUCAGUUGUCCAUAGCGAUGCCGGCUAUGACACAGAUAAAACUGAUGGACCAGGAGCUACGGGUAGUGGUGAAGAAUAUUCUUCACCUGCCGCAGGCAACAACGAACGCCUUACUAUACUGCGGUAAGAGGGACGGGGGACUUGCGAUCCCGAGGUUGGAGUGGCUCGCCACCUCAUCAGCCCUAAAAGCCGGCUUAAAGUUCGUGGACAACCCCGACCCGGCAAUGCAAGCUCUUGCCACGGGCACUAAGCUCGAGAGUAGAGUGAGGCGACUCGCUCUCGAUGCCCGGAUAGCUUGGCCAGUUACUGGGGAGCAACUGGCCAGCUAUACUAGAACGCAAAAGAAGGCUGAGCUUGCCAGAUGGAAGCGCCUUGGUUCUCAAGGAAAGUCGGCAGCGGCCUUCGCCGACUCCAAGAUCGGAAACGCAUGGCUUAGGGACCCCUCGUUGCUCAAGCCAUGUCGUAUGAUUACAGCCCUCAAGAUGAGAACCAACUCAUGUGCUGACAGGGCGGCCAUGAGCAGAGCGACCAGAAUACCGGAUCCUACAUGCAGGCAAUGUGGUUCGCAAAUUGAGACAUUGGGACACAUAUUGGGGCAAUGUCGUCACACGAAACCACAUAGGAUUCGAAGGCACGAUGAGAUCAAAAACCUCAUCGUGGAAGAACUUAAAAAGAAAGGCCCAGAGGUGGCAAUAACGGUUGAACCGACGGUGGCGGCAACCGGAGGCGGGAAUCUCAAACCUGACCUGGUAAUACAAAGCCGGGAAGGGUCUUCGUGGUCGAUGUUACAGUCCGCCACGAAGACGGGAAUAAUCUCGCUCAAGGGUUUACAAGCAAAGUAG